AUGGCCGCUGCUAACCCGGGACUCUUCACGCUCCCGACUCUCACUAUAAACAACCUCUUCGGCGUCCCUAUCCUGACAAAUAACAGCGGGACAGCCACCAGACGGUUACUCCCCUACGCCUCUGUGGCCGUGAUCUUCAUCUUAGACGCUCUGUUCCAGGAAUAUGCGACUACAAGCUCUCUCUCUCUCUCUCUCUCUCUCUCUCUCUCUCUCUCUCUCUCUCUCUCUCUCUCUCUCUCUCUCUCACUUCCAUCAGUCAGUCAGUCAGUCAAUCUCUUCACCGCCUUCUGCAGAACCUACGUAGAUGACCAGGCUUCUAUGUACCAAGCUGCCGAGGCGCGCCUGUCUGCCACUCACGGGCUGGACGGGCGGGCGUGUGUCAUGAGGUUCAUUUGUGAGCUGAGAAAACACCCAAUUCAUGAGUGGACAGUUAUCGGCCAGCUGGUGACCCUCCUCUUUACAUUUGAGAAUGCAGCUUCCUCCCGCACCCUCAGGCCACGGGAGGAUGGACGCGGGAAGCUGAAGGAGUACAUGGAGGCGCAGGAGGUGGGGGACGAGGAUCACCCGGAGUCCUGCUACGACUCCUACGGCCUGCAGUGUCCCGUCAGCGUGUUCAACUACUUCAAGAGUCUUGAGGAGGAAGAGGAGCAGGAGGAAGAGGAGGAGGAGGAGGAGGAGGAGGAGGAGGAGGAGGAGGAGGAGGAGGAGGAAGCCAGUCAUCGUAACCAUAUUCAUCACUUCGAUCACCAUCACUACCACCAUCACCAUCAUCACCACCACCAACACCAACACAACUAUGGUAACGAGUAGUAGUAGUAGUAGUAGUAGUAGUAGUAGUAGUAGUGUUUUGUGUGUGUGUGUGUGUGUGUGUGUGUGUGAGUGUGUGUGUGUGUGUGUGACUUAUAUUCAAAAGUAGAGGAUAUGGUGAUGAUGAUGUAGUAACUGUAGUAGAAGUAAUUUUUGUUGUUGUUGUUGUUGUUGUUGUUGUUUCAGCUGAUGUUGCUGAAGAGAUACAAAGAAUAAAUGAUAUUGGAUGCCUCUACUGCAUGAGUUUAUAGUACACUAGCUUUCAUUCUCUCUCUCUCUCUCUCUCUCUCUCUCUCUCUCUCUCUCUCUCUCUCUCUCUCUCUCUCUCUCUCUCUCUCUCUCUCUCUCUCUCUCUCUCUCGUCGAAAUUUAAAAAACAGUUUAGAGAGUGGAGGAAGCAAUGACUCACUCACUCACUCACUUUCCCUGAGGCGUAUUACAAUGGCUGAGUGUUGCUUGCGGAGGAAAUAGACCUGAGUGAACUGAUGUGCUUCUUCCUGCGAGUUACUCAGUGUAUUCCAAGUGCAGGUUAUUAAAAGUACAAAACUAACAACUCUCGAUUUUUCUUUCCCCUCAUUCAUUCAUUCAGUCAUUCAUUCAGUCAGUCAGUCAGUCAGUCAGUCAGUCAGUCAGUCAGUCAGUCAGUCAGUCAGUUAGUCAGUCAGUCAAUUCCUUAUGAGUCUGUAGGCUAUUUGGAAGGAGGUGACUCACGUGAAAAAGAAAAAAAGAAGAAAGAAAAGAAGAAGAAAACAUCUUUAUAUCUCCCUCUAUUCCCUUUAGUAUCAUUUACUUGGAAUGAGUAAUAAUAAUAAUAAUGAUGAUAAUAAUAAUAAUAAUAAUAAUAAUAAUAAUAAUAAUAAUAAUAAUUAUGAAACACCUUUAGUUUUCCCUCUCUUUACUUUUCAACUUCACUCACACACCUUAGUCAGAGAAACAAAACACAGCGCACAAUUUGAAAACACUGCUAAAUGUCUCUAGUCUGCUCAAGGAAAGGAGUAAGAAUCCCUUAGCACAACAGUUCCCCGGUAGUCUGGCUGAUAUCCUUUGUAUUUAUCUCUGCGAGGAGUGUCUGCUGAGCGGCGUCGCUUGAGAGGAAGGAAAUGGUGAUGUCAUGCAGUAAAAGAGAGCGUGACAAGCAUUCAUUCAUCUGACACUCACUGACUGACUGACUCACUCACUCACUCACUCACUCACUCACUCUCACCCUCUCUCUCUCUCUCUCUCUCUCUCUCUCUCUCUCUCUCUCUCUCUCUCUCUCUCUCUCAUUCCCUAAUUCUCUAGAAACGCCUUUUUUUCUUUUUCCUUUUUUUUCUUUUUUUUUUUUUUUGCUAUUCAUUUACCCUUAUUACGAUUCCUGACUCGCUGGUCAAUGGGCGGAGCCUUUACCUCAGCGGCGGGCGUCCUCAAAGGUGAGCUCUAGGCGCGCGUCAAGGAGAACGUUCAGACCGAUCACCAAAGAGUCGCCAACACCCUGGACGCAGAAGGACGUGGUCGCUGAGUGGCCGAGAAAGGUGACGUGUACCUCGGCGGUCUGGCCCACGAUUGGGAUCCUGCCAGUGAUGCUGGCGGCGCCGCCACUCUCCACCCAGUGGACCUCCACCCCGAGCUAGCCCGCCUGGCUGCGUGACAUGAAGCAGCAGGUGGCACCAGUAUCCAGCAGAGCGGUCAUGGGCUGCCCAUUGAUGGUGCAGCCCACGUGCAAGCCCUUGGUUUGGGAGGGCGUGGAGAGCGGGUGCAGCUCACCCAGCUCCAGGGUGGGAAAGACUCGGCUACAUGCGAGCACACACCUGUGGAGGAGAAGGGCGUCCAUGCCCAGAAUGGGGAUGGCGGGGGACAUCACCACCAGCGCGGGUUGCAGCUAUAGGCCGAACUGGCAAUGAAGCGGCUCCCGCACCCUCCCGUGGAUGGUGGGGCUGUACUGCGACACCUCAUUAUGGAGGUACACACCCGGCAGGAGUUCCAGCCGCUCCAGCAGGCCAGCGUCCCUGGCGAUGUCAUAGGGAAGCAACGACACGUUGGCCCCGGUGUCCACCAGGAAGUCAACCUUGACGCCCGCCACGCGAGCCUCCAGCAGUAGCUUUCUGUCUUUGUAUUUCAAA